AUGGAAUAUAUUGUUGCAAAAGAUAAGGGAAGAAGCAAUAUAGUAUUGUUUCCUCGCCUAACUUAUCUUAAACUUUUACGUCUGCCAAAUUUGAUGGGUUUUUGCAAAGAUAAUAAUGUUUCUCUUGAGUGGUCUUUAUUAGAACGAUUGAAGUUUCGUAGUUGUCAGAAAAUGAAGAUAUUUUGCGUUUCAGUUCUAGAAUCAUCAACAUUGAGUACGAGUGUUGAGGUUGAUCACCUUGAUACUACCUUUUGUGCUACAUUGAUACCAGGAAAAAGGAAAAAGCAAUAUAAUAAUUUCAGCAAAAAGGUUGCAUUAAUAAAGAAUCAGAGGGAUCCAUCUGUUAGCAAUAUUGAUGAAAGUUGUGCAUUUCCAUCCAAAUUGAUUCAACAGUUGCAAAAUCUGAAACACCUUAUGAUUAACGGCAGCGAUUCAGUGGAAGUAAUAUUUUCAUUUGAAGGGCUGAUUAAUGGAGUGCUCAAUUCAGUGGAAGAGAUAUGGUUACUUAAUUUACCAAAUUUGAAGCACCUUUGGUUCAAGAUUCCACCAGAAAUCACAGCCUUCCAAAGCCUGCGAAAGUUGAUUGUAAGAGAUUGUGAUAAUUUAAUAAACCUUUUCUCAAUUUGCUCGGCCAAACUUGUAGGAAAGCUACAAUCAAUAGAGAUUAGAAGGUGCAAGAGGAUGGAGGAAAUUAUUGGAAAAGAGGAUGAAGAAAUUAGCAUGCAAAAAAUUGUGUUCCCUCAACUAAGGUCUCUGAAACUUGAGGAUUUACCCAACCUCAACAGUUUCUGCAAUAUGAUUUAUGCUCUUGAAUUUCCAUUUCUAGAAACAUUGAAGUUUCGGAACUGUAAAAGGAUGGAGACAUUCUCCUAUGGAUCGUUAAGCAUGCCAAAGCUAGAGGUGGUUAAGAUAAAUGGAAGGUGGCAUCAAUUAAUGGGAUCUGAUCCAAACCUUAAUGCAAAAAUGAGUGAGUUGUUGAAGAUGAAUCAAUAUGAGGUAGAAGGGGAAGCUGAGUUUGAGUCGUGAAGAGGAAAGUGAUGAAGCUGCUUUGAAUGGAGAAUAGCAUUGGGAUCAAGGUGUAUGAAAAUUGAAAAUUUAGUUUUUUUUUUUUUUUUGAGUCUUGAAGUUGAAAAAAUAGACAUUACUUUCUCCUGUGAUUUUCUCAUCAACAACAUUUCAUGAAUCGUUUAUAAAUUCUGGAGCUGCUUUUUAUUUUUUGAGUCUUGAAAUUCUAAGGCAGGUGUGAAAUAGCUUUGCUACUAUUAAAGACAUAUGGAAGAUUUGUUCAUGUUAUUGUCAUGCUAUGUUUAGUUCUUUUCCUUAGUUUUUCAAUGGGACGACAGACAACUAUGUCCAUAGUUCAUAUGGAUUGUCUAUCAUCAGUAAGGUGACUUCUUUGUCUUA